GCAUGAGCUUUCAAGAGCUUUUGCAAUGGUGGACAAUGAGAGGAGCCACUUGCAAACACACGAGUCCGAGUGUCGGGCGAUGCAACGCCAGCUGUUGGCCUGCCUCAAGGAGAAGGAGGAGCUCCUGAGCCGCAUCAAAGCUGCAGAGGCCGACAAGCAGCACAAGGAGCAAGAGCAUGGAUCUCAAAGUGUUGUGAUGAUUGGAUGUUGGAAGAUUCCAGAGAAGAAUGUGCGGGUGUCGGUGUCAUGGCCAAUGUCAGGCUCGACUCUGUUCGCAACGAAAACACGAGCAUGUGCAAGCCUUAUUCACCUCCUGGUUUCCAUCACUUGCGUUGGAGCUGCCACGAGGCAGUCGCAGUUGGAGGCCUUCAAGUCAGAGAAGCCGCUUGGCAGAGCAAUUGGCUCCUGGCUGCUAAGCUAUUGCACCCUUGCUACACUUUGGACAUUGCAGAUAAGUGAAGGUGCCUGCCAUGGUGCAAGAAACAAAGCGAGGUUGGCCAUCCUUGCACACCUGAACGUUGCCAAGCAGCAGCGGCAGGCCGAAUCGUUCCACACGCUGCUGACAUUGUUCACAUGCUGA